AUAACAGCAUUAUUGACAAGCUCCAUUUGUAUAUCGUCUCGUUCAAUUCCCAUCGUAUUUAGUCUAUUAGAGUGAAUUUUCAAAGAAUGUUUGAAUAAAAAAAAUCGAUUACCAGGAACCGUUACAGGACCAAAACUACCGCACGAGAACACAUGAUUUAUAUAACAGGCGUUGUUUAGUAAGAAGUUUUUGUCUAUAGAUCUAUACAGAGUUCUAGCGCCGCCAGAUGUUUUUUUUCCGGUUGUUGUAAACUUCGUAUCGACUCUACAAUAGAAACAACUAACAUCAUCGCCGGAGAUAUUAUAUAAAUAUUUGUUAUACGAUUGGGAAAUAUAACUGUUCAUACAGCGGGAGCGAUUUGCAGGAUCUGUCACUUUGAUGGUUAUACUUUUCUUGUAUUAGGAGACGUGCCGUGCUAUCGAUCUGGGAUAAAUAAUUUGGAAAGAUUUAUUACAAUUCAAUGAAAUAUUAGAUGUAAUGAGACGAAAGUGUCUGAAAAUUGGCAUAGGGAAUCGCUACACAAUGCUAAAUUCCAAAUUAAAUAAAAGCUAAUUUUGCCGGAGUGUGUCGAGUGUGGUAGUGAACAAGUAUGACAUUCAGAUAAAAAAUAUAAAGGUUUAAAGUUCGGAGUUAAAUUAUAAAACAGGAUUUCUAAAUGACUACAAAAAUAUAAACACUGGAUAUACAAAGAAUGAACAAUAAGAGAUAAAUCUAAUGGAAAGCAGACGGCACCCAGGGAGUAAAAGUAACGAUAAUGGCAAGAAACAGGUCGUUCCGCAUAUCAAAAUUUCUGCUGUAAAAAGCGACGCAAGCUCCAAAACACAGACUCAGAAAACUGCACCGAGGAGCGGAAAUACUGGUUCAACCACGUCCUCGCUAACUGUGAACCAAGCAAAUUACCGACAUAGAAACGCUAACGAUUCAAAUAAAGAAAGAAUCCAGCAACAGCCAAACCGUGAUGAUGCACGUCAAAAACAUGCAAGCAAUCAUGCGCCAGAGAAACAAAAUAAAACUAAAAACACGACACCAACGAAAUCAGAAGACAAAUCUAUCAAAAACAAAAAUUCGUCCUCGAAUGAUGCAAAACCGGGCAAAAUUCCCAUCCGCCGUUGUGCCUCAAUUGAUGUCGGCGAGCUAAAUAGAAAGAAAAAGAGCAAACGGAGUAAAAAGAGGCAAAAGGAACUUGACAAAGAGACGCUUCGUGCUGUACAAAAUGCGAUUAAGAAGUCCGAAGCACAAAAACCACCUCAACGAAGCGGAAGUCUGGGUAACAGGCCCACCAGUCUUAAAUUAUCGCAUACAAACAAUGUAAUUGAUAAUAAAACCGUCUUUCCAACACCCGUUCCAAGCAAACGACAUUCCAGUCCACCAGUUAACGGGCAAAAUGUAAGAAAAAAUAGUGUUAACCUCAACUCUGUUUCCCCUGACAUAUCACCAAACGAUACGUCUGCAAUUUUACCGCCAAAACCAAAACACAAACUGAAAGCAAAGAAAAGUAAUUCAGACAGUGUGUCUAUUGAUCUUUCGGACUCCGAAGAAAAAAGCUGGUAUAAAACAUUUGAAGGUGAAGGAUACCGUAAACACGGUCUUAAAUAUACUUUCCCGAGUUCGCCUUACUUCAGGCUUAGCACACCUGUGAUACGAAGUACUUGGAUAAAAGUGUUAGGUUUAAUUGCAUACAUGUUUGUUGCGUUCAUAGUAUUUUGUCCGUUAGCAGCUUUCUUACUUGUGAUGUUUCCGGUUUGUAUAUUCCUAAAAACCACGUUUAAAUGUUGCUGCACGUGUUGUAGCGUUCAAAGUCACGAAUGUUGUGUCUGCGGACAGCGUCUCUCAGUGACAGAGAAAUUCUGGAUAAGAACUGAAUUGAACACCCCGCUUGUAGUCCAGAGUUUAAUCAUCAUUGAAUAUGGAUUAUCAGUCCCUCAAGUGAUUAAUAUCAUUAACAACAGAAUAGUGUUAGCUAAAGGUGAAGAUGGAUGCCGACUGUAUCCUAAAUUUUCACAAAAGGUAGUUCACACAUGCUCAGAUUAUGUUUGGCAAGAAGACCGGAACUUUUUUAUUCACAAUCACGUGUUUGCAAUGCCAAAAGGAAUAGAGUCUCUCGAGGACCUUCAGGAUUAUAUAUCGGAUUUAGCGUCUAGACCAUUUGUACCCGACCGACCUCUUUGGGAAAUACAGGUCCUAACUGACUUUGGAGAUGUCCGAGAUACUGUAGUGUUAUUCCGGAUGCACCCAUGCCUCACGGAUGGUGUUUCUAUGGUGAAAAUACUUUAUAAAUCUUUAGCUGAUGUAGAUUCUGUAACAACAGUUCCUCCUAAUUUUGGAAGGGAAACUUGCUGUGAUUACAUUAAGUCUAUAAUAGACGGGCCAUUUAAAUUUGUAGGUAAAUUUCUAUCUAAAAGAAACGAUUUUAAUCUCUUACAUGGUGAACAUAUUCAUCUCUCAGGAAAGAAAGUUAUAACGUGGUCAGAACCAUUUAGCUUGUCGUCUGCUCUGAAAAUAAAGCAGGUGACAAGAAGCACGCUCAACGAAGUGUUCAUGUCGGUAGCUGCUGGCAGCAUUAGGAACUAUUUAAUUCUAAACGGGGUUGAAAAUCCUUAUGAUAUGCAGUCAAGCAUUCCAGUUUACUACGGUGCUAAUAAGCAUGUUUCCGGUAUAGGUAAUGACGUCAUGUUGAUAAACGUUACUCUUCCAACGAACACCGAAGGCGUUGUCCCGAGAUUAUGGCAAAUGAAAGAUAGAAUGAAUGAGGUGAGAGAAGCUUCUAUAUUCUCUAUAGGAAGAAGAAUAUUUAAAUUAUCUUAUCAUAUGUUGGCAGAGUCUAUGUGGUCUAAACUGUGGAUGUAUUUGUAUGAAAAGUGCACUUGUGUUGUAUCAUCUUUACCUGGACCGGAAGUAGAUCUGCGUAUCUCCGCAAAGCAGAUCAAAACAAUAUUUUACUGGUUCCCUCCAGUUCAAAAGAUGGCGCUUGCAAUAUCCUUUUUUACCUAUGGGGACCAGAUACAAAUGGCAGUGUCGGCGGACAGAAAUGUUCUUCCUAAUCCAGAAAUUAUCACUAAGGACUUUAUUUAUCAGAUGGAAACUCUCUAUGAACAAUUGGGUCACAGGCGUAUUCCAGGAGAUCAACAGUCAAACAAAAAGUUCGAUCUUACUCUACUCAGCACAGAAAUAAGACCAGAGGAGACAGCCGCACAG